AAGACCAAUUCGGAGCUUUGAUAGAUUCCAUGCAGGUUCAACAACCGCCCACUUCAACUUCACGGCCGAAGAGUCCCGACGCCAAUUCACUUUCUCCUCCACCGAACCUCUCCAAUUGGGCUUCAAACCCCAACCUAAAUCGCGAACAUGUCGCCUCAACCACAUGAAGGCGAGGACUACAGGCCUCAGGAUGCCAUCAAGACUGGCCUCCGCGGCACCUUUAUUUACGGCGCCUUUGGUCUAUUUGGUGCUGCGACCCUCGCGGCCGUUCAACGGAAGCGAGUAGGCGUGUUGGCACCCAUAACAAAAUAUGGCGCUCUAGUCUCGGCAACCGCUUUUGGUGGUGGCAUGUAUGACUUUACGAGAACCGCUACCUCCAACCUCCGUCAGAAGAACGACCACGUCAGUGAAGCUGUCGGUGGUCUCCUCGCCGGCGCGAUUUUUGGCCUCGCCGUCCCAGGCCCCACGAGGUUGCCUGUUGUUGUAGGUUUCGCCGCAGGCUCAGCAGUAACCCUCGGCGCCUAUGCCUACACCGGCAAGAGCCUGAGGGGAUGGGGUAAGAAGGAUGAUGGGAAGGAUGACUUCGAGCGCAAGGAGGAGCUCCGGAAGAACAGAAGGAGACCCAUCGAGGAGACUAUUGCGGAGUUGGGUGAGGGCAGAGGAAUCCACCCUCCUGGCUACGAAGAGCGCCGGCGCGAGAGGCUCAAGGAGAAGUAUGGAGUUGAGAUUAACCCAGUAUCCGCCGAUCCGAACGCCGCUUAGCGAACAACGGAUAUACUUUGUAGCUUUUUCUUUGGGUUUUACAGGUUGUGUCGAAUUGUACAUAUUUAGCGUCAAGAAGCUGCGUCCCAACAGGCCAUGCAGAGCCUAUGCAGCAAAGGUUAGUAAGUGGUUUGAAUCCUAACUGUACCAACAAUCCCGCAAUAGCAUCUUGCGGUUAUUUCUUUUUGAUCUCAUCUGCCACUGGCAAAUGAUGUCUCCCCGAAAGAAUAUCUAUAGUAUGGAGUUCAGUAGUUGCAUCCUCCUCCGCUUGUGGCAGAGUCAAUAGAAUAUAAACAGUUUUUUUAAUUGAAUCAUUUGGCUACAAGCUACUCCCAAA